GGAAGAUUCCAAGGCUGUUAGAGAGUCAGUUUGUCCCAUCUGGAGUUGGAGCUGACAGGGAAACCUGAGAGUGGAAUAUCUCAUCUCUCUCCUGGACUUCAUUGAACCUUGGACAAGUAGACCUUCAAUUAAAAUGCAAUAGGAGCUGUGAGUAGAAAAACGAUGAUCUGUACCACUCCCAGCACUUUCCAGACCUGGCCUAUAGACAGCCCUGAGACCCAGAAUUGAGUGAAAAACCAAAAAAGACUCAGCAUCAGGAGAUGAUUUACUGUGGAGGAGGAACAGUAAGAAGGCCAGAAUCAUUGGAUCAACAGUAUACAUAGAUAGAAGAAGGAAGACUUCAAGAAGUAAUCGAAACCCUUCUGUCUUUGGAAAAACAAACCCGUACUGCUUCUGACAUGGUGUCUACAUCUCGAAUUUUGGUUGCAGUAGUGAAGAUGUGCUAUGAAGCUAAAGAGUGGGAUUUUCUUAAUGAAAAUAUUAUCCUUUUGUCAAAAAGGAGGAGUCAAUUAAAACAGGCAGUUGCAAAAAUGGUUCAGCAGUGCUGCAUUUAUGUUGAGGAAAUCACAGAUCUUCCUAUCAAACUUCGAUUAAUUGACACUCUUCGAAUGGUGACAGAAGGAAAGAUAUAUGUGGAAAUUGAACGGGCUCGAUUGACUAAAACACUAGCAACAAUCAAAGAACAAAGUGGUGAAGUCAAAGAGGCAGCAUCCAUUUUGCAAGAGCUUCAGGUGGAAACCUAUGGGUCAAUGGAAAAGAAAGAGAGAGUGGAAUUUAUCUUGGAGCAAAUGAGGCUUUGUCUAGCUGUGAAGGAUUACAUUCGUACUCAGAUCAUCAGCAAAAAAAUCAACACCAAAUUCUUUCAAGAAGAAAAUACAGAAAAGUUAAAGUUGAAAUAUUAUAAUUUAAUGAUUCAACUGGAUCAACAUGAAGGUUCCUAUUUGUCCAUCUGUAAACACUACAGAGCUAUAUACGAUACUCCUUGUAUCCAGGCUGAAAGUGAAAAGUGGCAGCAAGCUCUGAAGAGUGUAGUUCUUUAUGUUAUUCUCUCCCCCUUUGACAACGAACAGUCAGAUUUGGUUCACCGAAUAAGCAGUGACAAAAAGUUAGAAGAAAUUCCCAAGUAUAAAGAUCUUUUAAAGCUUUUUACUACUAUGGAAUUGAUGCGUUGGACCACACUAGUUGAGGAUUAUGGAAAGGAAUUAAGAGAAGGUUCUCUUGAGAGUCCUGCAACAGAUGUUUUUGGUUACACAGAGGAAGGUGAAAAACGAUGGAAAGACUUGAAAAACAGAGUUGUGGAACAUAAUAUUAGGAUAAUGGCUAAGUAUUAUACCAGGAUAACAAUGAAAAGGAUGGCUCAACUUCUGGAUCUUUCUGUUGAUGAAUCAGAAGCAUUUCUUUCAAACUUAGUAGUCAAUAAGACCAUCUUUGCUAAAGUAGAUAGGUUGGCAGGAAUUAUCAACUUCCAGAGACCAAAGGACCCAAAUAACUUGCUAAAUGACUGGAGUCAGAAACUGAACUCAUUGAUGUCUUUAGUUAACAAAACCACACAUCUCAUAGCAAAGGAGGAGAUGAUACAUAAUCUACAAUGAGGGAUUCAAUACCCUAAAGUUUUUAAGAAAACAUUAUAAUUGGAGGUCAUAAAGACUAUUAUUACAGUGUACCUGUUGGGUUUUUCCCCUCUUAUUACCCAUUCCCUAGUCUGAAAUUUAAAAUAUGAGUAAAAAUAUGUGAGACAUUAUUUGGACAUUGUUUUCUUGAUUUUUAAUUGUUUAACUUUGCUUUUUGCAUUUGGUGCAAGAAUAUAAUACAACAGUAUUGUUUAAUCAAAAUUGUAACUUACAGAAAAAUCUUUUUCUAUUGUUAAAAAUUCUUUUAGCAAUUUAUCAUUUGUUUUCAUCCAGCUAACAACAAUAAUAAAAAAUAGUAUAUGCAUUUUUUUACUUUCCAUGGUUUGUUCUAUUUCUGAAUAUUAAUUAUGACAAAGGUUUGGCAAGUGUUUUGUAAAGUAAAAUGUGUCCUCUGGCAAACUCAUUACCUGGCAAACAGGUUGACAUAAAAAUGCAAUAGAGAUAAUGUUUUUUAAAUGGUUUACAUGAAUGUAAGUUUGUAGUUGUACUGGGCUUUAUAAAUCAGCCUGUGUUCAACAAUUAUGUUAAAGACCUCCUUGACUGUAUCUCUACAGACUGACUAGAUGUACCAUUCAGGUAGUCUCUUGGACUAUUCACUUUUAUUGUCCUGACCAGUUGUUUGAAAUUAAUAAAUUCUAUGAUAGUAUUGGCAUGUUGACCAGCUUGAGUCAUGUUAAAUCUUACCUUACUGACUUUUAAUAUAACAGAUUAUUUUUAUUUGUUGUUCUCAGAUGUUUUUCCUUAAAUUUUAAGGGUUCAAAUUUGCCCCCCCUCCCCUUUUUUUAAACUAUUACUAUUUAAUUUCCCAGACUAACAUUUAGAGACUAAUUGAGUUCUCUGGACACAGUAUUUCAUAUCCAUUUUCCACUUAGACUAUUAGAUAAUCCUGGACUACGUAAUUUUAAGAUUGUAAUUACAUUGGUGCUCUGUGGGCAAUGUGAAUAUAAUGAAGUACUACUGUAUUUUAUUUUGAAAAUGGUAUGCAUUUGUUGCGGUUGUAACAUCUGUUAUCACUUAAAAUUCACACAAGAUGGCAAGCUCCAAAACAUUAAGAAUUCACACUGGUACUAAAAAUAUAGUCAGUAUUAAUUAUCUUGUAGAUGUGUUGAGUGAAAAAGAUAAAAAGUACAAAGUCUUUUGGCCUUGGGCAUUUGGUACUUGCAUUGAAACAUGUAGACUCUCUUUUUACAUCCUCCAUUCUUCUGGUAAAGGGAUUUUUUCGUGGAAUUUGUCAAACGUGGUCCAUGUUUGGCCAGAUGCUGCUGUGAUUUUAGUUUCAUCUUAAUGCUUUUCUCUUUUAAUAUAACAUUGUUCAUCCUCAAACUGAUGCUCUUUGCACAUCUUAACUUCUUGCCAUUUGUAACUAUAGUCAUAGCGCCCAAAUCCCAUAUUAGUCUUAAGUGUUUAACUAUUAUUUUUUUUCCUUUCUGAACAAUAAUCAGGUAAGACUGUAGAUGUAUUUGGCAACUCCUCUAUGUGUUUGCUGUAUACAAGAAGCUAUUUAGCAUAGGUUAGAAAAUUAAAUAUUUAAAAUAUUCCAAAAGAAAAAUCUUCCUUAGAUGUUAGACAUUAUCUUUCAUCAAUAAUGUUAUAGGUAGAGAGAAAAGCUUUUUAGAAUAUGUAGAACGUAAUAUUUGAUCUGCUAAUUCUUCAGUUAUUAUGUUGUGAACAGUUGGUAUACAACCCACCAGUAUAACUUCUAGUUUAACUUCUACUUUUUCAAAUAAACUUCAACUAAUGUUUAUCUCAUAAUAAUAUCACUUCAUACCUGUUAUAGGAUAACUUAAUUUUAAAGCUAUCUUCAUCUUAUAUGUUCCAAAUAUUAAAAUCAAAAGUUUAUGUUUUAAAUGCUUUGAAAUCAUUGAGUUGAGGAGAAACUAUGUGAAGAGGAAAUGUCUGGUGAAUAAAGUAAUGAAUGAUUUAAAAA